UAUAUAUAUAUAUAUAUAUAUAUAUAUAUAUAUAUAUAUAUAUGUAUAUGUAUAUGUAUGCUUUAUGAAUUUUUAUUGUAAUGGAUUUGUUAUUAUUCAAUAUUUGGAAGUUUAUAUGAAUGUUUGAAUAACACAGUGGUGUCUUUUGCGGUGCUCAGACAGUUUUGCUUUAAAAGAGUAAUAAAAUAUUUGGUCACUAAAUAAAUAUGUCCUGGUGUAUUUCCUAGUUUGAUAAGAUGAAUCUGCUUGUUUUGGUUCUAAUAAAAGCUACGAUCACUAUGAUACAAGGAAAAUGUAGUCCAUAAAUGAUACCUUUAGUUCAAAUCCACUGAGUUUUCUCACAACAACUUUAAUACGUCAGUCUGAGCAUCAUUAACUUUAGAUUAUUUAUUGAAUACAUUUUAAUUUGGGAGGUAGAAUAAACCUUGUAUAGAAUUAAAUCCUUUAAAACUAUCCAUUUUGUUUAAAAAUAUUAGAAUGAAUGAAGUCAUUGGUUCAGGCCAGGAGAAAAACAGGAUGUGGGAUAUCACUGUGUGUUGGCAAGAUUACUGAUCUAUCAGAAGUACCUGUCUUGUGUGUUUUGAAUAACAGCUUAUGGAAACUCUAUUUGCUGUGUUCCUAUUAAUUUAGAUAACAUGUUUUAUUAGACUGUAUAACAGUAGAGCUGUAUCGUUACACUCCCAGUGUUAUCUAUUAGUCUUUGUCAUAGAGAGAUUAGAAUAAGAGCUAUGAGUUUAACUUACAUUAAUGAUAAGCCAUAGCAGACAAGUAGUUCAAUAGCAGUUAAGUAGUUCAAUUAAAAGCUGUUGCAAAGAAUUACACAAAGUGAAGUUACAAAAGAUAACCGAGUUUCCCAAUCUUUCCCAGUGUGUAUGUGUGUGUGUGAGAGGGAGAGUCACCUGAAUGAAUCAUUUAGCAGACACUUGUCCAGAGUGACUUACAAAACAUGCGAACAGUUGAAGGUGCAGUGCUCCAAAGCACCUAGCAAAUCUGCAAGGAAUCAUUAUCUGAAAGAUAAAAGACAAAAUGUUAGUUUGUACAAGUGCUAAGUGGUAACAAAAAGACCAUAACACAGUAAUUAAUACUCAAAGCAAUUGUUGCUAGGUAAGUGCAGAAAGAAUAAAAUAUUAUUAUAGAUACAGUCUGAAGAGGAAGGUCAUUAGAUAUCUACAGAAGGAACAAAGACACAAGGUGACUCUCAUUCUACCACUUGUUUGUAAUGCUCAGGGGUUGUCAAUGACAUUGUCCCUUCUGGUGGUCACAUGCUCUGGAAUAUGCUGCCUUUGUCAGGCUGUGUGCCCUGUUUUGCUUUUCUGGCACUUUCAUACAAUGACGUCCUCAUACGCUGUUAUGUUAGCAGUCCUACUCUGACUGCAAGUUCAGGUCUGUGGUCAUGUCCCUGUAGCAGGAGCACAUGGCAAAGACACUACAAUCUUGACACAGGACUUGGACGUAAAGCAGAAACAAGCCUGAGCACUCUCAUAUUCAAAAGGUGACGUGUGUUGGCUUUAAGGAUUGUCCCUUGGCUUUUUAAGCUUGAGCAUGUCUUUGAGAGCAGAUUUACCUCACUGUGGUGGUGGUGUAAUGAUAGAGAAUGAGAACAAUGACAUCAAAAUGGCACAAGAAAAGAAGAGCAGGGGUAACUCAGGAUCAGUGCUCAGCUACCUCACAGGCCCCAAGUUCCUCAUAUAUGUCAGUGGAGCAUUGUCAAUGUGGGGUGAUCGUAUGUGGCACUUUGCCAUCUCUGUCUUUCUGAUUGAGCUGUAUGGGCAUAACUUACUGCUAACUGCCAUCUUUGGGCUGGUGGUGGCUGGUUCUGUGCUUUUAUUAGGUGCUCUAAUUGGAGACUGGGUGGACCGUAACCCAAGAAACAAAGUGGCUCAUGCGUCCUUGUUCAUUCAAAACAUCUCCGUGACAGUCUGUAGUAUGGUUCUUAUGUUGGUAUUCUCAUACAAAAAGUGGAUUGAGCAAAUCUGGGAUGGUUGGUUAACUGUGGUUUGUUAUACGGUGGUGAUCAUCCUAGCAGAUGUGGCGAACCUCGCCAGCACGGCCCUGAACAUUGCCAUCCAGAGAGACUGGAUAGUGGUCAUAACCGGCUACAACCGUGGCCACCUAGCUGGGAUGAAUGCCACCAUGCGACGCAUUGACCAAGUGACCAACAUUUUGGCUCCGCUGGCUGUGGGUCAGGUCAUGACCCUGGCCUCAAAUGUGGUGGGUUGUGGCUUCAUCCUGGGUUGGAAUCUGGUCUCCUUGAUUGUGGAGUUUGUCUUCCUCUCCAGAGUGUAUCGCAUUGUACCAGCGCUUUCAGUCAAACUGCCCAUAGUAGAGGAGCAGUGCUAUCUGGAGAGGAGGAAGGAAAGGAAGAGUUCACAAGGUAAGAUUUCAUUAAGGCAGACAGCGUCCUUCACUGAGAACACCAGAGGUCUGCAUUUGAGAGGGAGUACCAGCCUGCCACCAUGUCUUCAACGCCUGUGCAGGCUCCUUGGUACCUGCAAGGAGGGCUGGAAAGCUUAUUAUAGGCAGCCUGUGUUCCUGGCAGGUCUGGGCCUGGCCUUCCUCUACACCACUGUGCUGGGCUUCGACUGUAUCACCACUGGUUAUGCAUAUACACAAGGUAUCAGCGGAUCCCUUCUCAGCUUGCUCAUGGGUGUCUCGGCCAUGGCUGGCCUGCUGGGUACGGUUCUGUUCACCAAUCUCCGCAAAGCCUAUGGCCUGAUCAAAACAGGUAUGAUCUCUAGCUGCCUGCAUCUGUCCUGUCUGCUGUUGUGCCUGUGCUCUGUCUUUGCCCCUGGCAGCCCUAUGGACCUCAGCAUGUUAAAAGCGUCUAAUGCCUCAUACAUGGGAGGGAUGAAUGGAAGAGGACACAGCAGACAUGGAUACCUCCACGGUAACAACCAGCCUCUGUUGCCUGACCGCUCAGCAAUUCACUGGACCAACAAUACAGUACUGUUUGAAAAUGUACCAACAGGGCCAGCACCUGAGUCUUAUGCAUCCAUCUCUCUGCUGUUCCUGGGAGUCAUCACAGCUCGAAUUGGCCUGUGGUCGUUUGACCUGACAGUAACUCAGCUGCUACAGGAAACCAUCUGUGAGUCUGAGCGUGGCAUUGUAAAUGGAGUCCAGAGUUCAAUAAACUACAUGAUGGAUCUGCUACACUUCCUCAUGGUGAUCUCUGCACCGCAGCCACAACACUUUGGUAUUCUUGUCAUCAUCUCUGUGUUGUUCAUUACUGCAGGCCACAUCAUGUACUUCUUGUAUGCCUGGAAGGCUAAGAGGAAACAGUGCCUUCAUACAUAAACCACACUUGUGUAUGACACAAGGUGCAGACUCUGAAAUUGAUGUGUGUCACACAUGUUGCAGUGAAUAUUGAACUACUACAGCUGCCUCAAUGACAAUUCAUUUCACAUCUCCAUAUCCAGUUGCCUGUCUUUGUGCCAUUUAUAGGUGUUUAGCUCAGCUAUGGUGACUUAGAACAGGAAACAGUACCACCUCCUGGAUGUUGACAGAAGUACCUGUAACUUUGUGAAGUAUUCUGAGAGCUGUUGGUUCUCAAAGAGUCAAGGGUGUUCUCUGAUUUAAAGUACCACACAGUACACAAACAUAUAUAAUAUCAGGAUGAAUAGAUGGAUUCUAAAGGAAUUCUCAGUGGAUAAAUAGGAUGUGAUUCUUAAUGGAUUUGUGACUCAACCUCAAAUGUUUGAUGUUAAAUAUCACCGGUCACAAAAUGAAAAUCUGCACUGUACCUGUUAUGUGAUUUUGACUCACCAGGAAAAUCCCAAGAUUUCAUAACUGUCGAACAACAUAUGAACAAUAAAUGCAAAUCUUGAACUUUUCUACCAGCUCUUUCUCUCACUCUUGUUUUAUUCUUGUAAAGCAGGUUUGUAUGCCUCUGUGAAAAAGCAGUGUUUAAUCAACAGUCAACUCAUCUCACUUCAAGUGAUGUGUUUCUUUGAAGUUCUAGUUGAUAAAGACUCUUAUAUUUAGGACACA